GCGACCGUGGUGAGUAUUCCACUCUCGAACAGACAGAGAUGACGUUGUUCAUCUUUUGAUGAUUCCGUUUCUGAAGAGCCACUUUUUCGAUCUCCAAUUUAAUAUCCGAUUCAGGUACAUAAUAAUUCCUACCAAUGCAUCUAAUCUAAAAGCAAAUCGCCCUUAUUUUAUGCCGAUCAGCUUUUCAAUCUCUUCACUCUUUUCCUUCGAUUCACAUUAAUUAUUAGCCAACAGAACAUGAAAUAAACUUCACGCUUCACACAUUAGCAAAAUGUUUUCAUAUGGUCAGGAUCCUGAUGUUGUUCGGUGGGGUCUUCAGCUCUUUGAUGGUGGGCCACCCACUGACAACGGGUAUUCCAGCUACGGUCCACAAAAUUACACAGAUUGUUAUCAUGAUCAAUAUUCAAGGGAACUCAGUUACAACACGGAAUGUGUCAACACAGAGAACGAAAAACAUCAUACCCUUGAACCUUCUUGUGAACCAAUUGAUCAUUCACAAGCAUCAUUUUACUUACAGGAUUCUGAUUCACUUCAUCAAUCGAUGGCAAACUGCACUCUUGGAGAUGAUGAGAACACAAAUGAUAUGCCAUGUGGCAGCCCUACAAGGCAGUUGGACUAUGAAGAGGAAUUGUCUUACUCAUUGGAGCUGAGUGAUGAGUAUGCAUUUGAUGAUGAAGUUGGCAAGAGGUUGAAUCAGAUGGCUUCUGUUCCUCAUGUCCCUCGAGUCAAUGGAGAAAUACCUUCUAUAGACGAGGCAACUUUAGAUCAUCAGAGGCUACUCGACAGGCUGCAGUUGUACCAGUUAGUAGAAUCUAAAGUUCAAGGGGACGGAAAUUGCCAGUUUCGAGCUCUAUCAGAUCAAGUUUACCGUACAGCCGAGCAUCAUAAAUUUGUGAGACAACAAAUUGUAAAUCAGCUUAAAUUACAUGCAGAUAUAUACGAGGGAUACGUCCCCAUGCCUUAUAGUGAUUACUUGAAGAACAUGGCAAAGGCCGGCGAAUGGGGUGAUCAUGUCACUUUACAGGCUGCUGCUGAUUUGUAUGGCAUCAAAAUCUUUGUAAUCACGUCGUUCAAGGACACCUGCUAUAUUGAGAUUGUUCCAAGUGUUCAAAGGUCAAAUCGAGUAAUUUUCUUAAGCUUUUGGGCAGAGGUUCACUACAAUUCAAUAUUACCCGUGGAAGAUGUCCCAAAUAUGAGAUGAUAAAGCAAUGAUGUAGAAGAUGGGAAUUUGAGUGGCUAUUUGACAUGCAACAUAGUAUCUACUCAUUUUUAUUGGGUAUAUGUUGCAUAAUACCUAGCAUACAACAACAUAUUUCAUUUUAUGAUUUUCUGUAUCAACUAGAAUGUUUGUUAUUCUGGGGAAACUCUUAAACCAGAACUUGAGAGAAGAUCAAUAGUUGAUCUUUUAUCCAUGAUCAAAACAAAGCUUAAAAUAUUAAAAGUACACCA